AUGCUGAGAACCCCUUCAACAUUCCCAAAGGUUCCCCCGUUCCAUGGGGAAACUGUCUUUUCUCUUCGGGAGGCAUGCAAGCAAGGUAACCUCAGAGAAGCUGUAUCUACCUUUACUGCAUCGUUGACUGAGGAUCGUACCUCGCUUCUAGAUAACCCAGAUGAGGCCUACGCCCCAUUACUUGAGCUCUGUGCGAAAAGUAGGGCUUCAUCACUUGGUCGACAGGUGCAUGCUCAUGUCCUGAAAUUUGGUGUGGCAACCCCGGAAUCUGUUUUCUUGAGCACCAAGCUUGUGUUUAUGUACGGGAAGUGUGGGUAUGUCUGCGAUUCACAGAAGGUGUUCGACAAAAUGUCCGACAGAACUAUCUUCACGUGGAAUGCUAUGAUGGGGGCUUACGUUUCAAAUGGGAAAAAUUUAGAAGCCCUCGAGUUGUACAGACAAAUCAGGGUGUCGGGUUCCCCUCUUGAUUCUCGUACUUUUCCGUGCGCUCUGAAAGCUUGUGGAGCACUUGGUGAUCGUCACUCUGGGUUUGAAAUGCACGGACUCGCGAUUAAAUGUGGGUGUGCUUCGGUGGCCUUUGUUGCUAAUGCUAUGGUUGCUAUGUAUGCCAAGUGCAAGGAUUUGGAUAGCGCACGGAAAUUGUUUGAGAGGAUGAAUGGCGGAGACGAUGAUGUCUUGUGGAACUCUAUGAUAUCUGCAUAUUCUGAAACGCUUCAGUACUGGGAGGCAUUAGUGAUUUUCAAAAAAAUGAGGAUGGUUGGUGUUUCUCCUAGCACUUACACAUUUGUUGCUGCCCUUCAAGCUUGUCAAGGUUCUUCUUCUAGCAUACUGGGUAGGGAAAUCCAUGCUGCUACUCUGAGAUCACAUCAAUUUCUUGAUGUGUAUGUUGCAAAUGCACUGAUAGCUAUGUAUGUGAGACAUGGGCUAAUGGUUGAGGCUGCCAGGAUUUUCAAUUUAUUGGAAGCUAAGGACAAUAUCACCUGGAAUUCCAUGCUGGCUGGUUUUAUUCAGAAUGGUCUUUUCGCUGAAGCUUUACAAUGCUUCCACGAUUUUCAGGAUUCUGGUCUAACACCUGAUGUGGUUUCACUAACAAGCAUCAUCACAGCUUGUGGGAGAUUAGGUUGUGUGUUAAAUGGCAAGGAAAGUCAUGCUUAUGCAGUAAAGAAGGGGUUUGCUUCUAAUCUGCAUGUUGCAAACACAAUUAUUGAUAUGUAUAGCAAGUGUUCUCGUGUAAGUUACAUGGACCAUGCUUUUAAGAUGACGCCUGAAAAGGAUUCCAUUUCAUGGACGACAGUUGUGGCAGGCUAUGCUCAGAACAAUUGUUAUCUAGAGGCCUUAGAAUUGUCCAGGCAAUCACAGAUGGAAGGAAUGCGUGCAGAUUCAAUGAUGAUUGGCAGCAUUUUGCUGGCUUGCAGAGGAUUGAAACACUUUUUCAAAGUAAAAGAAGUUCAUGGUUACAUGAUAAGGCACAUUCUAACUGACCGUAUGCUGCAAAACACUUUGGUUGAUGUGUAUGGAGAAUGUGGGCAAGUUGAUCAUGCUGCUCGAAUGUUUGAGUUGAUUGAAGAUAAGGAUGCUAUAUCUUGGACAAGCAUGAUAUCAUCAUGCAUCAAUAACGGAUAUGCAGUUGAAGCUCUUGAAGUUUUUCAGUCAAUGAAAGAUACUGCAGUUCAACCAGAUUAUAUUACUCUCGUCAGCAUACUCUCUGCAAUUACUAGCUUAUCAUCUUUGCAUAAAGGGAAAGAAGUUCAUGGUUUCAUAACAAGGAAAGGCUUUCUGUUAGAAGGAUCAUUGGGAAACUCUCUUGUGGAUAUGUAUGCUCGGUGUGGGAGUCUGGAGAGUGCUUACAAGACAUUUAGCUGUAUCAGAAAUAAAAAUCUGGUUACAUGGACAACUAUGAUUACUGCAUAUGGAAUACAUGGGCAUGGCAAAAAGGCAGUUGAACUAUUCGGCAGAAUUGAGGAUAGAAACCUGAUUCCAGAUCAUAUAACCUUCUUAGCGCUUCUUUAUGCAUGUAGUCAUUCAGGACUGGUUGAGGAAGGCAAAAUCUUUCUUGAAAUUAUGAAAUGCAAGUAUCAGCUAGAGCCCUGGCAAGAGCAUUAUGUCUGUUUAGUGGAUCUUCUGGGUCGUGUGAACCGCUUGGAAGAGGCAUACCAAUUUGUGAAGAACAUGGCCGUUGAACCUGCUGCUGAAGUUUGGUGUGCCCUCCUAGGUGCUUGCCGAGUUCACUCCAAUGAAGAACUUGGAGAAAAAGUGGCCAAGAAGCUGUUGGAGUUGAACCCAAAAAAUCCAGGGAAUCAUGUGCUAGUGUCCAAUUUGUUUGCCGCAGAGAGCCGAUGGAAUGAUGUUCGAGUAGUGAGAAUGAGAAUGAAAGCAGAUGGGUUGAAGAAAACCCCUGGAUGUAGUUGGAUGGAGGUAGGAAAUAAGAUUCAUACAUUUAUUGCUAGAGACAAGGCUCAUCCAGAGUCACAUAAGAUCUAUCAGAAAUUAGCUCAGAUUAUUGAGAAGUUGGAGAAUGAAGGGGGAUAUGUUGCCCAGACAAAGUUAGUCUUGCAUAAUGUAAGGGAGGAAGAGAAAGUUGAGAUGCUCCAUGGCCAUAGUGAACGACUGGCUAUUGCCUAUGGUUUGUUGAGCACUUCUGACGAUACCCCAAUUAGGAUUACAAAGAAUCUUAGAAUUUGUGAAGAUUGUCAUGCUUUCUGUAAAUUAGUGUCAAGAUUAUAUCAACGAGAACUAGUAGUCAGGGAUGCGAGUAGAUUUCAUUGUUUUCAGGAUGGGUUCUGCUCUUGUGCCGAUCUCUGGUAA